UAAAUGUUGAUAAAUAAGCUAGUUGAGAGGUUAAGAGGUUGGAAACUCGUUAAAAUAUCAAUUUAUUUUUAGAAAGAACUGUCAGGUAUAUAUUUGAAUACCUAGCGGUCGCAUUGAUUUUGGUUUGUAUAGAUUGUUGGAACUCGGGUAACUGUUUGAGCGAGUGCGAGAUGGCCUCGUUGCUGCUGGCGUGCCCCCUGUGCGCGCAGCCGGGCUUCCAGUCGCUGGACGCCCUGAGGGACGGCCUGGUCAGCGCCGCCUCGCGACACGUGGUCUGCCCCGUGUGCGGGGACGCGCUGCCCGGCCUGGACAAGUUCACGCUGCACCUGUUCAGCCACGCGCGGCGGGCCGACGGCGCCACGCAGACCGACGAGUCGCUCCACGGCUUCGCGCGCCUCGAUGCUCCGCGCGUCGCCCCGUUCCCGCCGGCGCGUGACCGCAGCUGUCUCGGCGAGAACUUGUUCUCGGAACGAGUUCCACGUAGAGGUGAUGGGGAACUGGAAAUGGACAGAAACGUCGUCGAUGGAAAGGAAGAGGUUGACGAGAACUACCGGAUUCCCUCGGGCGUGGCAGAUGCCCGGUUGCAUGUGCGCCAAGACGGCAGCAGCGCUCCUGAACUCGUCGCCGGGCCGGUUGGCACCGCGGCGAGGUUCGUGGCCGACCCAGAAGGUGCCCUGCUCGAGGACUCGAAGCCCGCGGGCAGGCGAGAGGAGCAGUUGUGUCGGUGCGGCGUGUGUGGCUUCUGCUUCUCGGAGCCGCAGAUACUGGCGAUGCACCAGCAGCUGGUGCACCCGAGACGUCCGGACGGGGACGCCUCCGAGAACCAGCCCGAUGACAAGCGACAGCACGCGUGUCACUUGUGCUCCAAGUCCUUCAAGAUGCGUGGCAGUCUCAUGGUCCACUUGCGAGUCGCUCAUAGCGGAAGCAGCAUGGGGAAGGGGCAGCCCCACAAAACUGAGCCAGCGUCGUCGACUGAAGAGAAGAGGUUUGCGUGUCCCUCUUGCUCGAAGACGUUCAAGAAGGAACACCAGCUGGGGCAGCACCUGAAGACUCACGAGGGCAAGCAGUGGGAGUGCGACAUCUGCUGCAAGCUCUUCACCACCAAGUACUUCCUCAAGAAGCACAAGCGUCUCCACACAGGGGAAAUGCCGUACGCUUGCGGCGUGUGUGGCAAGACCUUCACCUUCCAGCAGUCCUACCACAAGCACCUGCUGUACCACAGCGACGACAAGCCCCACGUGUGCUCGCACUGCGAGCGUGCCUUCAAGGAGCUGUCCACGUUGCACAACCACCAGCGCAUCCACACCGGGGAGAAGCCCUUCGCCUGCGAGACCUGUGGCAAGUGUUUCCGGCAGCGAGUGUCGUACCUGGUGCAUCGUCGCAUCCACACCGGGGCGAUGCCCUACAAGUGCUCCGCCUGCGAUCGCAGCUUUCGCUACAAGGUGAGCCAGAGGACCCACAAGUGCACCUCCGCGACGCCGGGCGUGCUGGUGCGCCAGCCGGGGGCCCUGGUCGCCAGGCUGCAGCACCAGGCACCGCCCCAGGCGAGUGGCGAGACUGGCGGGGACCGUAGUUCCUCGGCGGAGACCCAGGACCAGGCCAGGGGCGCGGCAGCAGCCAGCACCGGCCCACCCAGGGAGCUCGGGUUCCCCAGCAGCCUCGGAGAUGCUUGCAACGCGGGGGGGCUGCCACGUCUGGCCAACACCGAGGCGGCCGGGAGGAAAGCAAUGCACUUGCCUGCAACCAGCACACGAGAUGACUCCUCCCCCGCCGGCUGUCUUGUCGGUGAUGAGCCCCGAGGUCCUCGCGGGGGAGGCUCGGAGAACACGGCUGCGGAACAGAACAGGCUGUUUGUGGAGACGUCUGACUUCUUCUCGAUGGUGAUGUCCCCGUGUCUUCUGUCGCCCUCGGAGCGGCUGAGGUACCUGUCCUUGUCGCCUCCCCCGGAUACGCGCGCCACGGCAGGUGGCGGCGAGGCUCCGUGCCCCGGCGAGGUUGCCGGCGGGCCCGGUGCCUUGGAGACCAUCAACGAGGAGUCGUUGAGGCUGUUGCUGUACGGCCCGUCGACCUCCUGACUUCGGUCGUGUGUUGAACGUCCAGCUCCGAGGAAACCAAGAAGACUUGGACGUUCUCCAGACAUCAACUGUAGGCCCUUAGCUAACCUCGAGCAAAGAUUUUUUUAAACUCAAAAUUUCUAGUACUGAUAAAUGUAGUAAUUGAUCUUUUUUUUACACACUUAUAUUUUAAGCAGCCUAGUGCAGACUGAGUGAAGCACUGACACCUCACAGCGCUGGACGUGAGGCGUUGCUGGCUGUGAUUUUUAGGAACCAGUAGGAGUUGCGGACGAUUUGUGUGCAAAAUUCAUGAGAAAGUAAUUCAUCAUGUUUUCAAACAGUAAAGCUUUUCCAAUAAAAAUUGUUGUAAUAUUUAAUUUUCAGAAGUGUCAUAACCAACAAAUUCGAAAAGAACGUUCGUUUUAGAUAAAAAUUUGUUUAAAAUUCUAAAUUGUUUUGAAUUUAGGUAAAAAAAAAUUUGUAAGGAUUGUUAUCAUCAUGUGCUUUUAAAACUUUAAACAGUAUGGGUUAGUUAUAAGUAGGUAUGAAGUGUUUAAGUUGUUGAUAAAAAUGUAUGUCAAAUAAAUAAUAAAAUAUUCAUUGAAAA